AGAGAGCACACAGUUAGCUAAAGAGCCAUUGGUUUAUCACGGUUUCACAAUCUUUAGCUACUAAAGUCUCUUUCUCCUAUUUACUCAACUUCUUUUCUGUGCCUAUAUAUUCAUAUUUGGCCCCAUAUUUUCAAACAUCAUCUUCAAAACUAUCAAAUCCUAGCAUUAAAAGAUCAGAGAACCAAAAGCAAGGUUUCUUGUGCUCUCUGAACCAAAAGCAGAAAAAAAGAGCUUUUAGAAGAAAGAAAACUAUCAUGAGUUCAAGCAAGAGAGCCUGGAUAAUAGCAGCCAGUGUUGGAGCAGUGGAAGCUUUAAAAGAUCAAGGUUUCUGUAGAUGGAAUUACCCUUUGAGGUCCUUUGCUCAGCACGCAAAGAAUAACAUGAGAUCUUACUCUCAAGCUAAGAAGCUUUCUACUUCUUCUUCCUCACUGAUUGCAAGGAGCGACAAGGCUAAACAAUCUGAAGAAUCUUUGAGAAAAGUUAUGUACUUGAGCUGUUGGGGUCCCAACUGAUCUUCUUUCCAGAUACCUCAUUUCUCAUUGUUGCAGGGUAUAAAGUACAAAAGAUGUACUUCGGCUAAGAUUGUAAAUAGAGGGGGAAAGUAAAUUGAAACCAGUCUUGGGAUGACGAGUAAAAUUAAGUACUGUUGAUAUUUUGAGGAAAUGUGAUGAUCUGUCACAUCAACUAGUAUUUCGCAUCACUUCAACAUGCUUGCAAAUAAUACUAUUUAAAAGAACGGUGGUCUUGAUGUGAAACCAAGAACGAAGAAGAUCUUAAAAGAGCAAGUGGAGAGUGGAGACUGAGUGAACAAGUUGCAAAAACGAGUUACUUUUAUUACAGCAGUAUUUAAAGAAGUACAAAUUCUCAAAAUGGUGCAAAGAUUGCUUAGCCGUGUCCAUUGCAGGUCCAACAAGUGUGCAGUUUGCGUCCUUUCCAAGUCUAGAGAGAAAAUGGUGUUUCUUAUAGAACCUGCCUUAUGUUAAAGCACACAUCUGAUAGAUCAUAAACAACAAUUUCGCCAUUCAGGUUCCUCUGUAUCAGCCUUACUCUCGGCUAAGCCAGAUUGUCUCCCUCUGGAUUGCUCAUUCUAAAACCCAAAUUUCAUUUAACUCGGAAACGGAUUCAAAAAUUAAAUUUAAUGGCUUCAGCUUU